AUUUUAUACAAAAUAUUUUACUUAUUUUUGUUUGGUUUUGUCUUUGUAAAUUAAAACAAAUAAUAGAAAGAAGAAAAAAAACUGUGAUAAAUAUAUAAUUAUACAACAACAAAAAUACUGAAAAAAAUAUCCAACCAAAAACAAUAAUAACAACAAUUAAGAAGGAGAAAAAAAUACAACAAAAUAAUGUCUCAAAUCAACACUUCGAAGAGAAGCAGCAGCAGUAGUGGAACAUCUUGGUUCUGCCAUACAAUAAAAAUGUUUUUCAUACUGGGCCUUUUCACAUGCAGCCUUCUGCAUUGUGUUCAUGCUGCCGUUGGGGAAAAUGAUGCACGUUUUGUAUACAAUAAAUCAAAAACGGAUGCAACCAGUGCCGAGAGUACAGAUACAAAUGUUAAACUACUUGAAGAAAACGGAACAGAUCCGAUUCCUAUGGAUUUUUAUAGACAACUAAAUAAUAUAACAGACAUAUCGGAAUUUAUUGAGAAAUUCAUUGAUCCUGAAAGUAUAGACCCACAAUUAGGUAUACAUGAGAAUUUAAAAAGAACCGUUGAAAGAGCUGCCGUUAUACGUGCUAAAGCCGCCAAUUGUAUACCCGAGAAUACAGUGGUCGAUUUGACGCCCAUCAAUCCCAAAAAUAAUUACUUUCCCCGUUGUACGCGUGUAAAACGUUGCGGUGGCUGCUGCAGCACCCAAUGGAUGUCGUGUCAACCAACAAAAUCUGAAAUAGUUAACUUUCAAGUCUAUCGCUAUUGCUAUGAGGAGGUAAAAGCCAAAUUUUGCGGUUUCGAGGUGAUUCCCGUGGAACAACAUUUAGAAUGUAAAUGUGAUUGUCGCAAAAAACCAGAGGACUGCAAUUCCUAUCAACGUUACCAGGAUUGUCGCUGUCAUUGCAUAAAUGAUGAGGCUCGGGAAAAGUGCCUAAAUCUGGAGCACAAAAUAUGGGAUGAUGAGAAUUGUCGCUGUGUGUGUAAACAGAAUGAGAACUGCACAACGGGUUCUUAUUACGAUGAGAAUCAAUGCAAAUGUCUACUGCUAAAUGCUAACAAUGAUGGUAAUAGUGGAGAUAUUGCGAUUCCUCCGAUUGUUAAUAGUCGUCGUCGAUUUUUUGUCAAACCCAUAGAAGUAGAUCCCGAUAAUAGCACAAUUUAUGAGGUAUAAUUCUUUUUUAAAUAUACAUAUAUUAGAAUUUAUUAAUUAUCAGUAUUUAAUGUUAAAAAAAAGAAAGAAAUCAAAUACAAAAAAU